GCAGAAGCAGAGGAUUCUCCGUCCUCCUGGAGAACACGGUUUCAUGGACCGUGGCUGCUGCAUUGCAUUGCAUUGCAUGGCAUGGCUCGGGACAGGGCCUUGGAAAUCCACAUCGCUGCCAUGCUCUACGUGAUGACGCCUCGCCAUCACUGGAGGUGGUUACUUCAGGUAGCUACCGUAUGCAGUCAAAGCAGAUGUUUGUUUCUGCACGAGAUCCCAUGAGGGCCAGCAGCAGGCAGCAGGACCGUAACAUGCAAGGACUGCCGAAGCGUCGAUGUUCUAAUGUUUCCGUGGGUCGAUGACACAAGCAGAAUCCAUCUGCUUCGGUACUCAAAGCAAGCAUUCCAGUCUCAGCCGUGUCCACCGUUGAUUCGUCUGCUGGAGGGGAGGGGAGGGGAGGGGAGGGGAGUACAUGAGCACAUGGGAGACAUUUGCUACGAACAUAGCUACGAGCAGAUUCGUGUCCACCAAAGCUUGUGCGUGACGGGAAGGAAGACCUAAAACACUCGGAGGUGGAGGUGGAGGUGGUGGCAUUGCUCCCGUCGAGGACGAGAAGAAGGAAGAAUGGAGUGGAGAGGAUGCACUUACUUACAGUCCAUCGACUGAGCAGGGCCCACGUUUGAGGUGUCUAUGGUGGUACGCCUAUGCAUGCGCUCGAGUAGCCCGUAGACAUGGACGCUGAUCUCUCGUUUGUUGUGGGUUCGAAAUUGGGCAAUCCAUUGGGUUUGGGUGCUUUGGCGGGCGUUUUUGUACGAGGGGCGAGGAAUCAGGAGGAGGAGGAGUAGCAGCAGGACGUAGGGAAGCGAAUUUGCAUCGCUCGGACGGAGGUUACACGACUGCGGUGGUCGAUCGACGCGAAAGGAAGGAUAUUUGUCGAUCGCAUCGGAAGAAAGAAGGAAGGAAGGAACGAAAGCGCUUGAUUACGAGGCGGCUACGGCGAUGUCGCUGCAUGAGGCUGCGAGGGACGGAGACGUAGGGAAUGUUCGCCAGCUGCUGUCCGCCAAUGCCGAGGCUGUCAACGACCGCGACAGGCAUUCUCGAACUCCGCUCCAUAUGGCAGCGUGGGCGGGGCGUGCAGAGGCGGUGAGGGUGCUGUGCGAGGCGCGGGCGGACGUGGGGGCAGCGGCGCAGGAUGACAUGGCGGCCAUCCACUUUGCCUGCCAGAAGGGGCACACGGAAGCGGCUCGUACGCUGCUCGCAGCCGGGGCCUAUGUGAAUGCGCGCACCCGCAAGGGCAUGACGCCGCUGCACUUCGCCGUCCAGGGGGGCUACGCCGAGCUCGUGCGCCUGCUGGUCCGCAAGGGGGCUAAUCUCGACUCCGAGACCAAGGCCAAGAAGAAGCCCCUCGACCUGCUGCGCGACGAGCAAUUGCGUGCCGUCGUCCGCGACGCCCAGCUCGAACGCGACCAUCGCCGAGCCAAGAGCAAGGAGGACAAGCCCAAGCCCAAGCCCCAGCUCGAGCCCCAGCCCCAGCCAGAGCCCCAGCAAGCUUCUGCUCCAGGUGAGUUCCAUGUCCCCGAGAAUCCCAUCGCUGUGCGCGACGAGGCGGGUCGAGAAGGAGGAGGAGCCGCGGCAGCGACGCUCGAGGAUGGAGAAAAGUCGACGGUCGAGGUUGCGAUCGAAGAGGAGGAGGAGGAGGAGGAUGCCAAUGUCGUGAUCGGGCCCAAGCGGAAGAAAACGAAAAUCGCCCUCACUCAUCUUUUCAGCGAGAACGAUGAUGACGAGGUGGAUUAGGUCUGAUGAUUAGUGUCAGGUAGAAUACGUAACAUCCGCACAUUUACUCUCCACCUGGCGCUCCAAGAUCCGCACCCUAUUCAUGCCAGCAUUUUCAUGGCAGACUUGCGUACAAUCUGUUGCCGGAGCCCAGCGACAGGCUUCUUCUAUGUCUGUCCUGGCUCGAGCAUUCUGUUAGCUCGGCACUGUUAGCAGCUCUGAGUUGUUCCAGACAAGCAGCAGAAAGUGUAAUGGGAGUGUUGUUGACAGUAACGGAUGCUCACCUCGUAGAACGACAGACAGUGGGCUGCUGCUGCUCGAAAACAGUCAGAGAGCCAUGUAGCGAGGGAAAGGACAUUCAGUCAUGAUGAAGCUGCACCUUUUCGAUCGAGCUGUUCAUGCGCUACUUUAUGGGAUUGCAUAGUUUGUCUCCCCGAAAGCAGGUCGCAUAUACUCUGGGGUCCAUCCGUCCGGGC